AUGGACACCAUCGCCAUGUGGGCCAUCUGCUUUGCCAGUGUUCAGCCUACCGUGUUCGCAUGGAGCCUCCCCUCCCGGCCAGACAGGGACAGGGCAAGCCUGGCCCUUGAAGAUUCAACAGAAGCAUCAUCCUGGUCAACAGACGAGGUCGAGUGCUUCUCUGAUUACAUGACCCUGUGGAUCCCCAGACUCCGCCUGGUGGGGCUGAAGUGGUGGCUGGGCCAAGUGCUGCAUGUGCCAGGGACCUGGAGGGAGCCCAGCCACCUGGAUUCUUCACUUGCCAAAUGUGGCUACUCCCUGCAUCCCACUCCCGAUGGGGACUUCAUUUUUCGGGUCCAAUACUCGGCCUGCUUUGUGCAGAAGGAGACGGCAAAUUACAGGUUGGAAAUCAGGAUAUUUCAGAAAGGGGUGAAGAGGUUGGAGCACAGCGGUCGCUACGUGAUGCAGUGUCCUCGCAUCCGGCAGAGGCUCGGCUGGCAGAGCAUUCGCUGCAGCCCCAUGUUCAUGCAGGUCUCCCGGCCUCUGCCCUUCGGGAGCGAUGGUGGACGGAUGCCCUGGCUGUUGUCCCUUCGAGGGGAGCUGGUGACCUCCCUGGAGGACGCUGCCCUGAUGGGAUUGUCCGUGGACAUCAAUGCCACCACGGUUACCGUGCAAAGCCUGCGACAAGACCUUCUUCAGAGGCGAGAGGUGCUGAACACUUCAGUAGAGCUGCUGCCCCUCUGGCUGCUGGGCGGCCCCUACGCCUACUCGCUGGAAGCUGCCUGCCCACUGGGGUGGUCACCGUCUGCCUCAGAGGUCUUGAUCCAUGUCCCCAAGCAGAGGCUGGGUCUGGUCAAAAGGGGUUCCCGCAUCAAAGGAUCUCUGGGCCUACGAUUCCUCCGGGUCCACCAGUCGGACACCUACACGGUCACUGAAAACAGGGACUUUGUGGUGGUUGGCAUCCCCGCGGCUGGGCUGCUCCGCGGCCAGUACUGCCAGGUGGCCCAAGGAACCCCAGGGAUGCAAGCUUCCUACAGGGUGGACUUGAGCCUGCAGUUCACAGAGAUGGAGACCCCGGUCCUGUGGACACUGGAGAGCACCUUUCCAUGCGUGGGUUCAGGCAUGGAGCUGCCGGCCCAAACAACCAUACCGGGCACUGCCCCGUCCAGCCCAUCCCCAGGGCUGGAGAGUCCUCUGGCAGGAGCGUUACCUGCCGCCUCUAGCCAGCUCGCAGUUGCAGGACCUGCUGCCCCGGAAGGACUUCCUCAGGGACCGGAAGAGCUAUUGCCUGAUGUGUCGGUUAAGCAAGGGUUUGGGCAGUUCCUACCAGCAGCCAGACCCACAGGAGGAAUUGGGGCCUCCGCCGCCUCUCUCACCCCCGAGGCCAUCGAGGAUGAGCGUGGUCCCCAGGCUCCCUGGGGGGAAGCGGGAUUACCCCGGCCUCCCCCACCUCCCACCACACUGUCCCCUGAGCCCCUAGCAGCUCCAUCAGAACUGCCCAAAGCGUUCCUGGGCUGGGGACCGUCGGUGGCCCGUACUGAAGCUCUAGGGACAGAGGGGCCCUGGAAGGACCCUGCCCAGUUCGCAGGAAUUCCCCCGCUGCAGGGAGGAUGGUCAGGGCAGGCGGUGGCUGCAUCUGAGGAGCUCAGCCGCGAGGAUCUGCAGUCGCUGGUGAAAGCCCCGGUGGCCAGCCUGGCAGAGGAGUUUCGGGCUACGCAGGAGCUGAGCUCUGGGGCCCAGCAGCGGAGUGGGAAGGACGCAGACCUCGGAGUCAGCUCGAGCGUUCUCAAUGUGUAA